AUGGUGGCGAAGGACGAGGAAGAGAUGGGGAGUAUGAUUAGGCGGCUCGAAGGGUAUCUGGAAGGAAAGAGGUUGGAGGUAAAUGUGGAGAAAACGAAGGUGGUAAGGUUUAGGAAGGGGGGAGGAAGGGAAAGAAAGGUGGAGUGGAGGUGGAAGGGGAAAAGGAUAGAGGAGGUGAAGGAGUUUAAGUACCUGGGGUACGUGUUCAAGAGGAACGGGGGACAGGAAGCGCAGGUUAGGGAUAGGGUGAGAAAGGCGGGGGUGGUAAUGAGACAGGCAUGGGGAAUCGGGAAAAGGAAGUUUGAGAGGGACUGGGGAAAGAGAAUGUGGCUGUUCGACGCGUUGGUCUGGACGGUGGCGGGAUAUGGGGCAGAGAUUUGGGGGUGGAGAGAGAGGGAAGAAAUGGAGAGGAUGCAGGAGAGGUUUUUAAGGUGGUCAUUGGGGGUGGACUGGAGGACGCCAGGGUAUAUGGUAAGGGAGGAGACGAAGAGGAAAAAGUUGAGGACGUGGGCGGGAGAAAGGGCAGGGAGAUACGAGGAGAAACUGAGUAGGGGAGAGGGAGGGGAGUUGGCUAGGUGGUGCCUGGAAGAGAUAAGGGAAAGGGAAAGGGAAGGGGGAGAGGAAUUGUCGGCAUGGGAGAGAGACAGGUUGGGGUGUAGAGGGUUGGGAGGGGUGAGGGAAGGAGGGGAAGGGGCAAGUGGGCGAGGGGGCUGGGAGGGAUGGGAGGAGGAAGAUGGUAGGAGGCAGGAAGAGGAGAGAUGGGGAAAAAUUGUGCAGUCGAGGUACAAUAGAUGGUAUAGGGAGAUGGUGGUACGGGAGUUACCGAGGUACCUGAGGACAGGGUGGGGAGAGGUGAGGUAUGGGAGACUAGCUAGGUAUAGGAUGGGGAACGAAAUGAGGGGGGGGGAGUACUGGGGGGAUGAGGAAGAGAGGAGAUGCAGGGUAUGUGGAGGGGAGGAGGAGACGUGGGAGCACGUCUUGGAGAGAUGUACAGGGGAUGAGGCAGAGGGGAAGGGGAUCGGGGAAAAGAUAAGGGAGAUUUUAGACGAGGGAGGGGGAGGGGAGGGGCGGAUAAAGAGGCUGGAGGGUAGGAGGAGAAAGAGGUGGAAAGGGGGGAAGGGGGGCGUGAAGGAGGGAGGUAAAAGGAAGGAGGAGUGA